AACAGCACACGUGGCUCGAAUCACAACAUGGCGGACGCUAAGCGGAGAUUGUGCGAUAUGGACGCGGAAGAAUUUAUGAUGCAUGGCUUAGAUUCAGACCUCAGUGACGAAGAAAGCUUGGAGAACAUUACUUCAAGUUCUCCUCUUGAAAAAGUUCCUCAAAAUGGUGCUCGUUUACCCAAAAAAAAAUCUAAAAGUGCUGACCACAAGAAACAGUUGGAGAAGUUACAAGAAAAGGAUCCUGAGUUCUACAAAUUUUUGAAAGAAAAUGAUAAGGAGUUGUUGGAAUUUAAUGACUCAGACACUGGCUCAGAAAUGGAUGAAGGAGAUAAUGAUGGCGAUGACUACAAUUAUGAUGAUGAUGACCACAACUCUGAUUAUGAGGAUGAUGACAAAACUGAAGAAGAGAGUGAUGAUUACGAAGAAAAGAGUGAAACUGAAACAAAGAGAGAUGAAUCUGGUAAUGAAGAAAACAAUUACCUGGAUGGAAAUGAAGAAAAAGAUGCAGCAGAUGAAGGCCAAAAAGUUACUUUGGACAUGAUCAAAGGGUGGCGAACAGGAUUGGAGAAAAAUUCACUUCAUGCUCUGAAAAAAGCUCUGCAAGCAUUCCGUUCUGCUGUUCAAGGGGCUCUUGGUACUGUUGAUGACAACAAAAUACAGACACCCUUGAAAUUCAAAGUAGAAGGAGAUACAGUGUUUAAUGCUAUUGUUCAGCUAUGUUUGAAACAUGCUUACUCAGUGUUGUUUCACUUUGUUGGAGGGACACACAAUAGACAUGGAAAGAGAGUUCUGCCCUCUUCACACACAAGGUGGUCCCACGUGAAAACACCUCUAAAACAUUACCUUAGUGAUGUUCUACAAUUGCUGCGGACCCUCACAGAGCCAUCCAUGUUGUGCGUAAUUCUGCGCCAUGCACAACAGUUAACACCGUAUUAUGCCUGUUUUCCCAAAGUGGCCAAGGCAUUUAUAAAGCGUCUUGUUAGGAUGUGGAGUGGUGGUGAAGAACACGUCAGAGUCCUCGCUUUUCUUGGAAUCAGAAAUGUUUCCACCAUGAUGCCUUUUUCACUCCUGGAGUUUACUGUUAAGCAACUGUAUAUGAAUUUUGUGAAGAAUGCAAAAUUUAUGUCGCCCAAGACCAAGCCCGUCAUCACGUUUAUGCAGAAUUCGCUUGUGGAGAUAUUUAGUUUGGAUGAACAUCUUUGCUAUCAGUAUGGAUUUGUGUACAUCAGGCAGCUUGCUAUUCAUCUCAGGAAUGCCAUUCUGCAGAAAAAGAAGGAUUCAUACCAGUCAGUGUAUAAUUGGCAAUAUGUUCACUGUCUUCAUCUUUGGUGUCGUGUUCUAAGCGAAGUGAAGAGCAGUGGAGUACUCGAACCACUUAUUUAUCCUUUAGUACAAACAGUCAUUGGAGCAAUCAAACAGAUCUUGGAGUCAGUCGAAUUGAACAAGAAAGUCAAAAUGUCUACAGCAAAGCCAACAGAGUUUUCUUGUAUACUGAAGGUUUCUAAACAGCAGUUGGGGACCAAGCCUUAUCAGGAUGCAGUUAUGGAUCAUAUCUUUGAAUUACUGUUAGAAUUAUUUUCCAUACAUGCUCACUCUAUAGCUUUCCCUGAAGUUGCCCUCCCUGCUGUAGUGAGGUUAAGAAAGUUUAUCAAGACAACAAGUGUUCCAAAAUAUCGAAAGCAGUUCAAGCAACUCGUUGACAAGAUUGAGGAGACUUCGACGGAAGUAACAAACCGACGAUCUAAAGUGUCCUUUAGUCCUAAAGAUUUGGAGGAAGUGGAAAGAUGGACGUCUCAAUACAGACAACAGCCAAAUACUAUUGUGAAGUUUUACAAGACUUGGAAGACAAUGAAACCAUCCAUACAGCAACAGGAGAGGGAAGAAGAAACUGGAAAUGGAGGGAACGAGGAAACAUCCGAUGUGGAAGAAACAAAAGUGGCGUCAAAAAGAAAGAGGAAACAUCAGAGCUCCGAAAAUAAGAAGAAACAAGAGAAAGAUAACACGAAGAAACGGAAGGGUGUUAAUAAAACUACGUCUGAGGACACUUCACACACGUUAAACACAUCUACUGCUGCAGACCUCGAAGACAUUGUUGAAGAUUUCCAAUUUUCAUCCGAUGAAGAUUAGCGAAGAUUCUGAACAGAGUCGCACAGAACAAGCCAUUGUCCACUUCAGGCUCUGCCUGUGACAAUUACGAGAGGGAAGAGAAAAGAGGAAUGAUACUGAACAAAAAAAGUAACUUAAAUUUGUUGCGGCUCUUAGGAUAGAUAGGAAGCUGGAAGAGUCGAGGUAUGGUCCUUGAGUAAUUAUCUACAAAGCCGAAUUGUGCACGCACUUCGAUUGGCUCUUAUGAUCUAUUGGAGGAUAGGCGUAUUGAUGACGUCACCAUUAGCAAUUCUCUUCUUUGUCAUAUAAGACACAAACAGAUUCCAUGAUGCCGUGGGUCUGUUCAGUAAAGGAUUGUAGAAGACGACAAAAUGUAGUGAGAACGUCACCGAAA